AAUUGUAGUGUAAAGAUGGCGCUACCCCGUGGUUUACUCAUGCGGCUCACAGCGCUGCGUAAUGUUGCCAAAAGUAUACCUACAGGAGGCAAAACAGCGUCCAACUGGGGCAGAGACAUGCGGUGGUACCAUACAAAAGCACGAAGUGACCAGGACCUCGGGACAUCAUAUGUCGAGGCCAAAGGAGGUAACUUGAGCCUCAACCUCUUGAACGAGUUUCCAGAUCCUAAAGGUCUCUUGAAUAACAUCAUCACCCGAUCACUGGGGGUCUGCGACCUGUCCCAGCUGGUCCAGUACAGCUACACGGAGACUGCGGGUGUCAAGAAAGCCACUGUCACAGUAAUGUGGCCCUGCAAGAUUGAAGAGGAGGGUUUUGCCUCCAAGAAGGUCGAUGCAGAACGACUGGCUGCAGCUGCUGUUUGUCUGAAGCUCAGAGAAAUGGGUGUCAUUGGUCCAAAUAAUCAGCUCCCCAAGAGAGCGGAUGAACAAAAUCAAUUUCUGCCUUCCGAAGAACAGCACUCCGACAUCUCUGAAGCCCUUUCCCUGUUUCCAUACCCUAAGUCUCUCCUUGUCAGGGUCCUCCAGGUGGCCACAUCAUCCAACAGAGUCGAGGAGAAGAUGAAGUUCAGAGUAUCAGGAAAGAAGCUGAAGACGUGUGAGCUGACGAUGCAAUGGCCAGAGACGAUGACGUUCUCUGCUACAGCGAGAAAGAAACCGGCCGCAAUGAAGGGAGCUGCAGCUCUUGCUUGCAUGAAGCUAAAGGAACUGAAGCUGCUGGAUAAAAAUAACCAACCGCUGACUCACGCCAUGUACCAUAAAGAGAAGGUGAGGGAGGCUGGGGAGCAAGCUAGACGCCCCCUGCCCCUGAAAGUCCCAGAAUACCUGGAGGAGCACAUGAGAAGAUACCUCGAACAGUACCCAGUGGCAACAGUAGUGCAGAAGCUUUGGGAAGAGGAAGAGGCGAGAGCACAGCAGGCAAACCAGGAGGAUGAGGAGGACGAAGAGGACUUGAUGGACGCCAUCACAGGCAGGCGAUACAGGCCACUGUCUGAAAAUGAAGCCCAGCAGCUCAACGCCUACCUGAAGAAGGAAUGGGAGAAGGCGAACCCCAGGCUGAGUGUGGAGCUCCCAGUCGAUGCCCACCGUCAGCGCGUGAUCUCUGCAGUGCGGUCGUCUAGAGUGGUCGUGAUCGAUGGUGAAACAGGAUGUGGGAAAACAACACGGAUCCCUCGAUUCCUGCUGGAGGAGAGUGUGAUAGGCGGCGAGGGGGCCGGAUGCAACAUCUUGGUGACCCAGCCGCGUCGGAUCAGCGCCGUGUCCGUGGCUCAUCGCGUUGCCCAAGAACUGGGUCCAGCACUAAAAUGCUCUGUGGGAUAUCAGGUGAGACUUGAGAGCCGUCCACCAGAGCAGAGCGGAGGAGCUUUACUCUUCCUCACGGUGGGCGUCCUGCUGAGGAAGCUGCAGUCGAACCCGUCCCUGAAGGGAAUCAGCCACGUGGUGGUGGACGAGGUUCAUGAAAGGGACAUUAACACGGACCUGCUGCUGGCUCUGCUGCGCUCCUGCCUAAAGGAGAACCCCGACCUACGAGUGGUGCUCAUGAGCGCUACUGGGGACAAGCAGAAACUGUCGGAGUACUUCGGGGGCUGCCCAAUUGUCAAAGUGCCUGGAUUCAUGCACCCAGUGAAGGACAAAUACCUGGUGGAUGUGCUGAAAGAGAUGGGACGCUCACCAUUUGUCCGACAGAAGGACGAGCAGAGAGAAAGAGACGAUGUUGCACCAGAUGUAGAUUUAGUAGCUGAUGUAAUCCAGCACAUUGACAAAUAUGGAGAGCCAGGUGCAGUUCUGUGUUUCCUCCCUGGAUGGCAGGACAUCAAAGCUGUUCAAGAGAAACUGGAGCAGAGGAGCCACUUUUCCUCAGGCUCACACAUAAUUGUGCCGUUGCAUUCUAGUUUAUCAGUAACAGACCAGCAGGCAGUGUUCCAGCGCCCCCAAGAGGGUCGGAGGAAGAUUGUACUCGCCACUAACAUUGCUGAGACCUCGAUCACCAUAGAUGACAUCACCCAUGUGGUGGACACAGGAACUCACAAAGAACACAAUUAUGACCCACGGACCAAGGUCUCCUGUCUGGACACGGUCUGGAUAUCUCGUUCUAAUGUCACUCAAAGAAAAGGGAGAGCAGGACGAUGUCAGCCGGGACAGUCCUACCACCUGUUUCCACGAGAGCAGCUGGACUCCAUGCCUCACUUCCCCAUCCCUGAGAUCCUACGCACCCCCCUGGAGAAUUUAGUCUUGCAAGCCAAAAUCUACAGUCCUAACUCCAAGGCUGUAGAUUUCCUAUCCCAAGUGUUGGACAGUCCACAGGGAGAGGCUGUGAGAAAUGCCGUCAAAAACCUACAAGAAAUUGGAGUUCUGGACAAGACUGAAACCCUGACACCUUUAGGAGAGCGUGUCGCCUGCAUGUCAUGUGACCCUCGUCUGGGCAAAGUGCUGGUCCUGAGCGCCAUGUUCAGAUGUGUUCUGCCCAUGCUGUCUGUUGCUGCCUCUCUGACCAGAGAUCCUUUUCACAACAGCAUGCAGAACAGAGCAGUUGUUAACAAGGCGAAAGAGACUCUGGGCGGUGAAAGCUACAGCGACUAUUUGGUGUUCAGUAGAGCUGUGCUGGGCUGGAGGAAAGCUCAGUACGAGGGGGACAGAGAAGACCGGGAUGGAUUUCUGUAUGAUCACAGUCUGUCCUGGUUGGGCCUUCGGUUCAUCAAUGGUCUCAUCUCUCAGUUCAGUGAAAACCUGCGUGAAGCCCAGCUUGUGCAUCAUGCCAAUGAGUGCCAACGCCACACUUCUAUCUACAACGAGCACAGCAAGCAGGAUGAGCUGCUUAAAGCUGUACUGCUGGCUGGGCUCUAUCCCAACCUCAUUCAGGUGAAGAAAGGUGCUGUGAUCAAAGGACGCUUCCGUGCCAACAAUUUGGUUUUCCGCACACUCAGUGGGCCGGUACAUCUUCACCGCUCCACAGUGAACAGCGGAAAAAAGAAGCUCCCUAGUCCCUGGUUGACCUUCUACGCCGCUGUCCAGUCUAGUGGGGUUGUUUUCAUCAGAGACUCUUCUUCAGUGCAUCCACUCGCCCUGCUGCUGCUCACAGACGGUGAUAUCACAGAAAGAGUGACCGGAGACAGAGUGGAAGUAUCGUUUCCUGGAAACCCUCUGGUGCGCUGCGAGUUGCCAGUUGACACCUGGGAGCUGCUGUGGGAGAUCCGCUCUUCAAUUCAGACCAUGCUGUACCGCAACCUCAACAACCCCAGCAACGCAGCCACCCACGCUGUUCAAGAUGGAAAGCUCAUCAAGUUAAUCGUGGAGCUGCUCAACAACACAGACCCAAACCCUUGGGCUAAGAACCACGUCAGUGACAGUGACAGUGAGGUGGACUGAUGACAGACAGCACUGUGUACACGCUGACGAUAAAUCAGCUGGCUGGUACAGAGGACACAAAAGAGGAUGUUGUAUGUUUUCCUGUGAGUCCGUACUUAACAAGUUGACCUCAUCAGGAAUCUUGUAGAGCAGUGGACUGUUGUCUUCUUCUGUUAUUGUUGAAGUAAAUUAUUAACUCUGUGAAUGAUGUGAGGAAUCCAUUGGUUUGGAUUUUGGACUGAUGUUUUAUUAUUCCUGGUUAUUUGUUUUAGAAAAGCAGAAGUUGAAUG